AUGGGUGUCACACACAGCAUCGCCACGGAGGUUGAGAUUGCUGCGCCGCCAGCAAUGGUGAAAUCAGUGUUUCUCGACUGGCACCGCUUUGACGAGUGGACCAAAGUGUGGAAGAUGUCCACCAAGGACGAGUCCAAGAAGCCAUCCGAGCUGAAGGAGGGCGACAUCGUCAGCACCAACCUCAAGGGAAUGGCGUUCACACCUGUUAUUUUGGAAAACUCAAAAGAACUCUUCAGAUGGAAUGGGUCGCUUCCUUACAUCUUUUCAGGAGCCCACUCGUUUUACUUCCGGGCAAGCGAGAAGACGCCUGGAGGCACCACAAUGAUCCAGUCCGAAGACUUCAGUGGUCUCUUUGCAUUUUUGAUGAAGCCGUUUUGGGGAUUUGAGAAGAAGACAUUGGCAAACUGGAGGGAAUUUGAUGCGGAUAUCAAGCAGGAAAGCGAGAGGCUUUUAGGCCAAUGA